UGUUAACCAUUCGACCACCCAACCCCCAUGUAAAUCGAACUGUACACAGAAUGACAUGGUUAGUAUGAAAAUCAUUCUGAAUUGUAAUUAUGUUCAUGAUCUUUAACAAAUAAAUAUUUAAACGAAUACCAAAUUUAAAAGGCCAUAACUAAAUAAGCUAGAAUUGAUAAUUUUCACUGACUUUGUCAUAUCAUCGCAGAAAACGUUCUACGGACUGGCUGAUUUUCGGGACAUAUGUUCGGAAUGCCACAGCCCUGUAAAACAUCAACUAACAGUACAUGAACACAGCUCAGAUUAUCCAAAAUGUAAAAGUGCUUUACAGUAACAUAAAAGAAAUAUAAAACACAAUUUAAUCAUAAUGUCAACGUGGUCAAGGUUUAAGGAGAUAACAAUGAAUAUAAUUAUGAGUGUGGGCUAUAUAAGAAUAAAAGGAUAAUAAAAUAUGUAUUUAAAGAGAAAACAUCAAUUCGGAAGCCAACUAACGAGAUUAUUCUAUAGUGGACUCAAUCCUUAUAAACAACAUAUAGCCCAAUUACUGAAAAGAAAAACCAACAAUAAAGAAAAUAUAACAAACUAUGAUAACAAAAUUUAACAUGCUGAUGAGAUAAAUACAUAAUUGUUAUAGGUAGGUGUUCUUGAAGGGUAAGAAUACCCAGCUAAUAUAUUAGUGUGACAUUAACAUCUGUGGUCUGUAUCCACAAAAGGUGUUAACUCCCUUUAAUGUCGUAACAUUCUAAAAAUAAAUUGUUUACAUCAGUAUAAACAACUGAGACAUCAUAACAGACGCAUUCCGGUGUUUAGACAUUUGUAGGACAUAAAAUACAGAGGUAGAUAGGAACAAAUUAAACAGCUAUAUUUUUAUAUGUAAAAUGUUUUUUGGAGAUCUCUUUUCAAAGAAAGAUGAAGAUAAGAUGAAAGAGAUAACAGUUCAUCCCAACACACAUGACCCAAAUAAAGCUUGGCAAAAAGUACGAAUUCAUCAGAAAAAGGAGACAGUUCAGCCAUUAGACGUAAAUACACCCAUUACAGAGGAUAAAAUACGAUUUGUGUGUUUAUCAGAUACCCAUAGUGUGUUAGAAAAGACAGAAGGAUACCAACUCCCAGCAGGUGAUGUUUUAUUGCACGCUGGUGAUUUCUCCAAUAUAGGAUUACCAACUGAUAUAGAGAAUUUUAAUAAUUAUUUAGAAACAGUACCCUAUAAAGUGAAAGUAGCAAUAGCUGGUAAUCAUGAACUGACAUUUGAUGAUCAGUUUGUUAAAGAAGAUAGAGAAAGAUUAAAACAUUGUUUCUGUAUAACUGAGAAAAAUUUUGAAGAUAGAUUAAAACAACUGAAUAUCACCAAUAUAAAGGAAAUGUUGACGAAUUGUAUUUAUUUAGAAGAUCAAUCAUUAAAUCUGUGUGGUAUUAAAAUAUAUGGAACACCAUGGCAGCCAGAAUUCUGUGGUUGGGGGUUUAAUUUAAAACGUGGUCAACCAUGUUUAGAUAAAUGGAAUCUUAUACCAGAAGAUACAGAUAUUUUAAUGAGUCAUGGUCCACCAUUAGGUUAUGGCGAUAUGUGUUCUGGUAAUAACCGUGCAGGAUGUGCUGAACUUCUUUUCACUAUUCAGAGACGUGUUAAACCAAAAUAUCAUGUAUUUGGCCAUAUACAUGAAGAUUAUGGUGUUACAACCGAUGGUUUUACUACUUAUAUAAAUGCCUCAACAUGUAAUCUACGUUAUAAAGCUGUCAAUCCUCCAGUUGUAUUUGAUAUGCCUAUACCUGAUGGUCAUUCAAAAUCAGAACUUCUUUAUGUCUCUUGAUGUUAUCGAGAGUUUAAAGAGUCUCAGGGAAUUCUAUAACUGUUUAUUGCCACACUGUUGAUAUUGUCUGUCUAUAGUCAGACUUCUGUCAUUUAUACACCAUUAAAAUAGAGUUAAUAGAUUGUCUUUAAUGGAGAGAAAGUCUAUUACUGGAAGCUCUGUGAACUUUAACAUGUCGUUAACCUGCCGUUAUAUUUAAUGGAGCUGUUGGGCUCUGUUAUCUGUUUUGUGAACAGACUGCACAGUUGUCCCACUGUCUUCAGUUUCUUGUUAAUACUAACUUCUAUGAAGUUGUUAUACAUGUACAUUGAAUUUAAAAAUUUAAAAUUCAGCCAAUGAACAAACAGACUUCUCUUGGAUUAACUUUAAUCAGUCCUAACGGAUAAUGAAAUUGACUUUCCAGCAACAGAAAUUUAACAGACCGUUAACAAACGACACGCUAGCAAGAUGCUGAAGUCCAUAAUGCAAAAUCUACCUCACAGAGAGACCCUUGGAUUUCCUACACAUUGGGUGCCAACAAACUGUGCUUUAGUGAGAUCCUGGUGUAUACCUCAUUUUCCCCAACUUAAAAAGAUAUUUUUAUUCAUCUUUGGGCGGUAUUUAGCAAUAAUUGAUCUACGUAAUAAACACAAAAAUAAUAUAUUGAUUACAAUUACUAUUUUAAUUAACGCAGUGUUUCAUUGAAUGUUCUCUAACCAUCAAGUGAAUGAUAGUCUUAAUAUUUGUUUCUUUUGUUGAAUUUACAUUUAUAUACUUUAUAAUUUUGACAUAAAGUUGUUUUAUAUACAGUU